AUGUUGUACAAGUACAUGCCAGUUGCAACUGUUGCAUUGUGCCAGGUGCAUACACAAAGCGCCAUCUAUCGUAUCGAGACCGGUUAUGGCGGUUUGUGCAAACACGUCUGUGUUAGUUUCGACGUGUUUUACAACUAUUUACUGUGGAUACCAUUUUUUCAUUAUGUUGCUGACUGUAAAUUAAUUAUCUCCAGGAUGCAUUCUAAUGGACACCCCUACCUAGUUGAAAGCCAGAGAAAGUUGGUCACAUUGUAUGAGAGUAUGUAUAAUACCAGCAAAGAAAGAUGCCCAGCAGCAUUUGGACAGAAAAGGACAUCCAUGGUAGAAAACAUAUAUGUAGCCAGCCCGAUAGCACAGCUGUAUGCAGAAAAAUUGGCUCAGCCACCUCCUACUGUAAUAUCUCCUGCACCUAGGAUACUUAAGGUGCCUGUACCGCAAAGCACUCCUCUGGUAAACACGCAUAGGGCUGAGACACAGGUGUUUAUCAACAGACCACACAGUAUUGGAGCAGAUCCUGCCAGUGUUACUACAUAUUAUGAUCCGAGCACAAUUCAACCAUCCUUAAACAGAAGUACAUCUUUUGUUCACAGCAGCAGUGUCAGUGCCAUCCCAGGUCCUUCACUUAACUCCUCUGGCAGCUCUGUGGGAGAUUUCCGUCAAGAUUCCCAUUCACAUGAGUCUGUUUCACAUUUUCGUGCACAAUCUCACACAGUUUCAUCACCUGUCUACCAGAAUGCAUAUCUCCCAGACAGUUGUGAUAGCGCAACCCCACCUGGAUCCCCUAGAAAACAUGUGCCAUUGAAAAGUCUGACCCCUGAGUUUGUGGCCAUCAGGGAUGAGCAGGUGGUUGUCUGUAGAAUGCCAGACAGAAGAGAUACCUCUCUGGAUGUCAGUGCUGAAAAUCACUAUCCUGAAUACACAAGUCCUUUGUCUUGUUACAGUAAAAGACCUUGCAGGUUGAUUCAAGAGUUGGACAAAGUUAAAGAGUUGUCGAAAAAUGAAGAACUGGAGGGAAGAGAAAGCCCAGAUGAAAGUGGUGUAAAAAAGGCUGGUAGUGGUCGAUAUUCUUAUGAGAGUAGUAAAGUGAGUCAGGUAUCCCAAGCUGACAGACUGAAUAAUGUAGACAUGGACAGCGAGGUAUUGGAUCUUCAGGCACCUGAGGAAGGUUCUGAUGUUUCUGAUGGUAUAGAAGAUGAAAUUGAUGAGCUUAAACCUUACACAGACGAAAAUGGUGAAAGACAGUGCAGUUCUCCUGAGACUUUUGAGAGAUUAUCACUACAUAAAGAGAGUUCAGAAAUAGAAGAUAUUGGUGCUGAAGAUGUUGUACAAUCUAAAAGCAGCACUUCUGUAAGGAACCCAAGUUGUGACAGUCAUGAAGAUGAUGAGGUGGACAAGCAAAGGACACAGAAUGAUGCCGAAACCUUUUCCACCUCAGAGUCAGAAACUGAUUUAAGUGACUCAAACAAUGGUGGCACUUUUGAGGAAGAUGCCAAGGAAGAUAUGGUGGAUGAGGUUGAUUUAUUGACUGGACUUACAGAUUCAAAUCCAAAAAAGACCACGUCCAGACGGUCUACGCCAGAAGUAGAUAUGGAUACAUAUACAAAAAGGGACAGUGAUUUUAAAGAGGAAACUUCUAAAAAUCGAUCUCAAAUAAAAAGGACUAAGCAACCCUUUAGUAAAAAGCAUGUUUCUCCAAUAGCAGAGACUCAUUCUGAUACUGAGAGUCCUAAAAGACCUCAACAAAACUGGGCCCAGUCCUUCUCCCGGAAGAAGAGAUCCAGUGCAUCCUCUGAGAUGAAUAUUGACACUGAUACACCCAGCAGCAGGAACCAAGGCAACACAAUCAAGAAGAAUGCUGUGCAGCUUGAUCACAAAAAAGCAAAGAAAUCAGAGGCUGGGCAUAAAUUUUCACAAAAGAAGACGCAAGAAGCGCCUGCUGUGACACCACGAUCUUCAAGAUCUAACACUCUGCAUGAAACACCCACAACCUCCAUGCCAAAAGAGAAAGUAAAGGAGUAUGUGCUCACCGAGUGGAUCAUCAGACCCAUAAAUUCCUGUAAAGGUGUAUUUGUAGAAGGGAAAGUGGAAGGUAGAGAAGAUGACUUUUGGCACAGCACUGCCAUAGUAAAACGUUUGAGCAACUCUCGAGUUCAGUCCAACACUGGGUCCCAAUAUGUACUGGUGGGUCCCAUAGACAGGGAAUACACUCUGGAUGCAGGCUUCUCCCGGAAGACAGUGAAUGCAUUUAAAAAAGGUUUUCCCUCUGAGUGGAGGGAGGUGAUCAGCAAGCACUUUGAAGAGGAAGACAGAAGCAAAAGUUCAAAGAAACCUGAAAAAUUUCAAGAGAUUAAGUCUACCCCAAAAAACAGCAAAAAAACCCAGAAAAACAAAAGUCAUUCAUUAUUAUCAGAUUCAUCUGACAUUAAUGUCAAAGAUUUGCCACGCACGCGCAGCGGACGUCGUGUGUUUCCUCAGUUAGCAUGGUGGGCUUGUCAGCGCGUGAAGAGUUUUCCCCAGGCAGACUUAGACUUAGUGGAGGUCACGCCCCCUUCAGCUGCCAUGAACACCAGUAUCAGCAGUUCUAGACAUGUGAACAUUAAGACUGAUGAAAGAUCUCUUAGAUUAAAGGAGCUGAUGAAGAAGAGAUUGUUGGAAAAGGGGAAAAAACAUAAAGAAGAUCCCAGUACUACAGUCAGCGACUCAGAAGAAAGCUUUUCCAGACUAGCUGAUGUGGUGACAGAUGAGGCGUCAGAGGGUUCAAGGAAGGUCAGAGGUCAAGUCAUGGUCAAGGAAAAGAGCAUGGAUCAAGAGUCCCCAAAAAAUGAAAAUGUAAGGAAACAAUUGAAAGAAAAAGAGUUUUUUUGGAAAAAAAAUCAUCAAAAGUGAAAGCUACAAAAAGCAGCACAGUAACAACAAAAGAUAAAGACAUUGAUCUUGAAAUGGUGUCUGAUGCCGACACCAUGUCCAGUGAAGUAUUUACA